CGUGUCCCUGAAUGCGUCCUAACCUUUUACCCAACACGUGACAGACAGCCGCCGCCUGCAGAAGCUGACCUGACCAACAAGCACAGACUCACGAGCAGCGGCAAUCCGGAGCGUCAGCAGUUGGGAGCUAACGGAGCGCAGAUGGAGGCGUUUCUGCGGAGCUGCCGGAGGACUGUGAAGGAAAACACCGAUCAGGGCGGUCCGAUGUUCCAUGUUGUUCUUGGGAAUGAGGCCUGUGAUCUCGACUCCAUGGUGUGUGCUCUGGCUUUUGCCUACUUCCUGUUCAAGACAACAGACGGUGAGGUUGUUCUGCCUCUGCUGAACAUCCGCCAGGCGGAUCUGCUGCUGCGUUCUGAUAACCUCUUCCUGCUGCAUGAGACUGGGUUGUCUCCAGACCUGCUACUGUUCAGGGACCAGCUGGACCUACGGAUGCUGCAUCAUGGUGGCCGCCUACGACUGACGCUCGUUGACCACAAUGUCCUGCCCAGUUCAGACUCAUACCUGGAAGGUGCGGUGGUGGAGGUAAUAGACCACCACCUGCUGGAGCGAAACCCCUCCCCCUCCUGCUCUGUCACCAUAGAGAUGGUAGGGUCCUGUGCUACCUUGGUAACUGAGCGCAUCAUCCAGAAAGCUCCACAAAUCCUGGACCUGCAGCUUGCUCAUCUGCUCUAUGCAACGGUGGUGCUGGACUGUGUCAACAUGUUACCUGCAGCAGGAAAAGUAACCCCACGAGACAGCCAGCAUGCUGAAGCACUGGAGCUGCGGUUCCCCUCUCUACCACUAAGGGACACCCUCUUCCAGGCGCUGCAGAAUGCCAAGUUUAAUGUUUCAGGUCUGAAUACGGAGCAGAUGCUGUUAAAGGACAUGAAAACUGUUUCAAGAAGCUUAAAUUUUGCAGUUUCUGUUCUGUACAUCUCACUGGAGGAGUUUUUGCAGGGGGCUGAUUUGGAGGCGGAGCUUUCAGCGUUCUGUCAGAAGUUUGGAUUUGAUUUGCUGCUGCUGAUGACAAUCACCUUCACUGAAAGCAAAGAACCAAUCAGAGAGCUGGCUGUAUUCAGCUCCAGCAACACCUGCAGAAAUCAGGUGCGACAGUACCUGGAAGAGGCCCGUAACCCCGAUCUCAGCUUAGAGCCAAUCAGCAGUCCUCACCUCCACAUAUCAGCCUAUCAUCAAGGGAACAGCUUGGCAUCCCGGAAGAAGGUCCUCCCCCUUAUUAAGAAUUUCCUGAGCCAGUGGGACAGAGAUGGUUGCCUUGGAGAUGCUGAAGAAGAGUCUGUGGUCCCCCCAACACCCAUGAACAGUCUGGUAGAAGGAUGUCCUCUGGAUGGAGGUCUGCCUCAGAUCAGUGCUCAGGACCUGCAGGAGAAGUUUAGCAAGAUGGGGACUAAUGACCUCUGACCCCCGUCUUGUCAGUCAUCAGGACAUCUUGGAGGUUGUUGCAGCAUCCAUAGAAGUCUAUGAAUGACAAAGACGCCGAGGACAAAACAUUAAGACUGGUUUUACUGUUGAUGGUUGUUUAUAAUCACAGGUUGAUUCAGGUUGAACAGGAGCUGAUCCACCAGAACCAGAUCCAGCUGAUUCUGGUUAAUCUGGUCCUGCAGAGUCACUUCUACCAUAACUGGUUCAAGCUGAUCUAGUAGAACCAGGUCCAGGAGCUGGUGUGUCACUGAUCUAACAGUUUUUUUUUCUUUGUUCUUUUUUCAGUUUAAAAAAUAAAAACUGAAAUGUCUUCAAAGAA